AUGCAAAUGCUGCAGUUUGAUACAGAAAUCCUCUCUGACAUUCACACUGUCUCUGCUUCAGCUUGUUUCCUGCAGAUUUAUUGUGUACACACUUACGGAGGUGUUGAAUAUUUAAACUUAGCCGUCAUGUCUUAUGACAGAUAUCUUGCUAUCUGUUAUCCUCUGCAGUAUAACACACGGAUGACAUCUACCAAGAUUAUCAUGUUGAUCACUGUAUCAUGGCUGCAGCCUUUUUUUGCAUGUGUUGUCAUGAUAUUUAUGACUUCCUCUUUACAGCUGUGUGGGAACAUCAUUAACAAAGUUUACUGUGAUACCCACUCUGUAGUCAAGCUGGCAUGUGAUGACACCAAAGUAAAUAACAUUUUUGGACUCAUUGCCACAUUUGGUACAAUCUUUGGUGCGUUAAUUUUAAUUAUUUACACUUACGUGAACAUAUUUAAAGUGUGUUUUUCUGGUUCUAAACAGACCAGACAGAAAGCUGUCAGUACCUGCACACCUCACCUUGCUUCCCUCCUGAACUUCUCUGUUGGAGCGAGCUUUGAAAUAUUACAGAGCAGGUUUGAUAUGAGCGGUGUGCCCAACAUGUUGCGCAUCUUUUUAUCCUUAUACUUUUUCACUUGCCCUCCACUCUUCAAUCCUUUAAUGUACGGCCUGAAUCUGUCCAAAAUCCGUGUCACAUGUAAAAAUCUGAUUGCAAAUAUUCUCCGUCAAAGUUAA